AUGGCCAAAGGAGAUGGGGAAUUGUCGUGGGAACAUUCUGAUGGUGAUAUCUUCCGGCAACCUGCCAACAGAGAAGCAAGACAUUCUUACCCCCGUUCUCACUAUGAUCCUCCAACAAGCCGACAGGCUGGAGGUCUUCCCCGCUUUCCUGGGGCCAGAAGUCACAGGGGCGCUCUUAUAGAUUCUCAGCAAGCAUCAGGGACCAUCGUGCAGAUUGUCAUCAAUAACAAACACAAGCAUGGUCAAGUCUGCGUGUCCAAUGGAAAGACCUAUUCUCAUGGCGAGUCCUGGCACCCAAAUCUCCGGGCAUUUGGCAUUGUGGAGUGUGUGCUGUGCACUUGCAAUGUCACUAAGCAAGAGUGUAAGAAAAUCCACUGCCCCAAUCGAUACCCAUGCAAGCAUCCUCAAAAAAUAGAUGGAAAAUGCUGCAAGGUGUGUCCAGGUAAAAAGGCAAAAGAAGAACUUCCAAGCCAAAACUUUGACAGCAAGGGCUACUUUUGUGGAGAAGAAACGAUGCCUGUGUAUGAGUCUGUGUUUAUGGAAGAUGGGGAGACAACCAGAAAAAUAGCACUGGAAACUGAGAGACCACCUCAGGUAGAGGUCCAUGUUUGGACCAUUCGAAAGGGCAUCCUCCAGCACUUCCACAUUGAGAAGAUCUCCAAGAGGAUGUUUGAAGAACUCCAUCACUUCAAGCUGGUGACCAGGACAACCCUGAGCCAGUGGAAGAUCUUCACCGAAGGAGAAUCUCAGAUCAGCCAAAUGUGUUCAAGUCGUGUAUGCAGAACAGAGCUAGAAGAUUUGGUCAAGGUUUUGUACCUGGAGAGGUCUGAAAAGGGCCACUGUUAGGCGAAACAGAGAGAAUUGGAUAAUGUCAAGCAAGAAAAUUCAAGCUGCAGCUGGACUGCCAGCUUAUUUUGCUUAAGUCAACAGUGCCCUAAAACCCCAAACUCAAUUGCAGUCAAUUAUUUACGCCAUGCACACAAUAACUUGCUCCUCUAUGUGCAGUGGUAUGUCAGCCCUUAGACAUCUCCUCUAUAAGGACUAGAAGAGACUUGAAUGAUUUGUAGGAAGUAGAGGAGGGAUGGAACACCACAUUGUAGCUCUAGUUUCCUAGAGAAUCACAGGUUGUCUUUACAGGUUAAAAGUAGGGUUUCUAUCUAGAAAGUUACUCAGAUGAAAGAAAGAGUAAGAAGUGCCUAGUAAGAGGUGUUGCAUAUAGAGCAAUUAAUUGUAUGAAACUAUACUCACUGAAUAUUAGAAUGUCUUCUGUUCCAUAAAAUAAAUAACAACUCUGGGGCUGGGGAUGUAACUCAGUUUGAGAGCACCUGUCUUACAUGUGUGAAGUACUGGCUUCCAUCCGCAGCAGUGCAAAAACAAUUAACUCCCCAUCUUCCAAACACAUAAGUACACUUACACUCACAUGAACUUGAAACCAGCCUCCACUCUGCCGCUUUCCUUUCUCAGCUCCCAAGUACCUUGAAGACUGCUGGUGUCCAGGAGAAUACAUACAGGAUUGUAAGCAGGAGGCUUGUGCCCUUAAGCCUUUCAGGUAGCUGUUGAAGUCACCAACUAUAGUAGCAGGUGAAGAGUAAGGACACCAUUUCAUGGCCUCAUUUAGUUUGAAGUGAUAAAUAAGUUUUUCUUAAUGAAACCCUUUUUUCUUUUCUCCUAGAACCUGUGGAGCCUCUAUAAAGAAUUUAGGAUUUGGUAAAAUUCUCAGAAACUGAAUUCGUAUAAGAUAAAAUAACUUUUGAAGA